UAUUUCAAAUGCUUGAUGUAUCUAACGGUUCAUCCAAGGUACUUCUGUAGCGCAACUGCGGUAAACGUGGUUACAACAUAUAUGUAUACAGCUGAGUGAGUGAUCCAGAGUGACGUGAUUUUGUGUCAGAAAUAAGUAAAAAUUAUUUAAAACCACAUCAUGAGCCAGGACGUAAUUACUGCUGUUGAAAAUCUUGGUAUCCAGGAUGAAAAGGCAAAAAUGAAAGGAAAAGAAAAAAAAGAGAAAAGCAAUAUAUCAGAGCUGAACCCAUGGCCGGCAUAUAUUCAAGAUCGUAUCAAGCUGUGGAAUGAAUUAAAAGCUAAAUACGAAGCAGAUCUCGCCGCAAAGCCGGUUGUCGAUAUUACUGUAACUCUUCCGGAUGGUAAGCAAGUUCCAGCACAAGCAUGGCGUACAACUCCAUAUGAAAUUGCCAAAAAUAUCAGUCAAGGUCUAGCAGACAAUACGGUGAUAGCUAAAGUAAAUAAUGAACUCUGGGAUUUGGAUCGACCAUUGGAAGGUGAUUGCAAAUUGGAAUUGCUUAAAUUUGAUAGUACUGAAGGUCAACAAGUUUUCUGGCACUCCAGUGCACAUAUUCUAGGAGAAGCUAUGGAAAGAGUUUAUGGUGGAUGUUUGUGUUACGGUCCACCAAUUGAGAAUGGCUUUUAUUAUGACAUGUAUCUUGGUGACAAAGGAAUUUCUAAUUUAGACUUUCCAUAUCUUGAAUCUCUCUACAAGACUAUUGUCAAAGAAAAGCAACCAUUUGAACGACUAGAAAUGACGAAGGAAGAUUUAUUGGAGAUGUUCAAGUAUAAUGAAUUCAAAGUGAGAAUCUUGAAAGAAAAAGUCAAUACUCCAACAACUACAGUUUAUAGAUGUGGUCCAUUAAUUGAUCUUUGUCGUGGACCUCAUAUUAGACAUACUGGAAAGGUCAAAGCAAUUAAAGUUACUAAAAAUUCUUCCACCUUUUGGGAAGGAAAUGCCAAUGCAGAAACUUUACAACGAGUAUAUGGAAUUAGCUUUCCAGAUACUAAACAAUUGAAAGAAUGGGAAAAAUUCCAAGAAGAAGCAGCUAAACGAGAUCACCGUAAAAUUGGUAAAGAACAGGAGCUCUUCUUUUUCCAUGAGCUAUCGCCAGGUUCUUGCUUUUUCCAGCCACGUGGAGCUCAUAUUUAUAAUACUCUUAUUGAGUUCAUUCGUUCAGAAUAUAAGAAAAGAGGAUUUCAAGAAGUUGUUUCUCCAAAUAUUUAUAAUGUCAAGUUAUGGCAAACUUCAGGUCAUUGGCAACAUUAUGCUGAAAACAUGUUUUCAUUUGAAGUAGAAAAAGAUACUUAUGCAUUGAAGCCAAUGAAUUGUCCUGGACAUUGCAUGAUUUUUGAUGUUCGUAAUCGUUCUUGGAGAGAACUUCCUCUGAGAAUGGCGGACUUUGGUGUUCUUCAUCGUAAUGAGCUUUCUGGUGCUCUCACUGGUUUAACAAGAGUUCGAAGAUUCCAACAAGAUGAUGCUCAUAUUUUCUGUACUCAUGAUCAAAUCAAAGAUGAAAUGCUUGGAGCUCUUGAUUUCUUAAAGUGCGUUUAUUCAGUGUUUGGAUUUACUUUCAAACUUUGCUUAUCUACACGUCCAGAGAAAUUUUUAGGAGACAUUGAAAUGUGGAAUCAAGCAGAAAAAGCCCUAGCUGAUAGUUUAGACACUUUUGGUGAACCUUGGACCAUUAAUCCUCAAGAUGGAGCAUUUUAUGGUCCUAAAAUUGAUAUUACUAUUACUGAUGCUUUAAAAAGAUCUCAUCAGUGUGCUACAAUUCAACUUGAUUUCCAAUUACCAAUAAGAUUCAACUUAUCUUAUAUUAAUGAACAUGGAGAGAAAACACGGCCAGUUAUUAUCCACAGAGCAAUUUUAGGAUCGGUAGAACGUAUGAUUGCUAUCUUAACUGAAAGUUACGCAGGAAAAUGGCCAUUUUGGUUAUCUCCAAGACAAGUAAUGGUCAUUCCAGUUGGUCCUAUGUUCGAUGAUUAUGCAUUCCAAGUGAAAGAGAAACUUUGGAAUGCUGGAUUUAUGGCUGAAGUUGACAUUGAUGACAGUGAUACAAUGAAUAAAAAAAUACGAAACGCUCAAUUAGCGCAGUUUAACUUUAUUCUAGUUGUAGGAGAAAAAGAACGUACUGCUGGUACAGUGAAUGUAAGAACGAGAGAUAACGUAGUUCAUGGUGAAAUAACCAUUGAUGAAUUAAUCAAAAAAUUCACAAUCUUUAAGGAGACAAAGGAUCGCAACUGUGAAGUCAAUUUUUAAUGAAUACCGCUUGUAAUAAUUUAUUAUUUAUUAUUUCCAUACACUAUAACUGAGUAUUUUUUUUCUUACAAGGUAAUUCCUUCAAAAAAGUUCAAAUGAACUUUAUUAUUGCAUUUGUUAGCUUUUUAUUGAUUGUAUUAAUAAUCAAUGAUAAAUUACAGUCGCUCUCAAUUUUAAAUUUAUUUUGGAGCAGAAAAAUAAAUGAUGUCACAAUAGAAUGUAAAGUAAUUUUU